AUGGCUUCCGUUACAAGCAUCAAAAAGGCCGCCGACUAUGUUCUCAAGACUCCAAUCUUGAGACAGUUCAUGCUGCCGGUUGCCAAGACCUUCACAUACCUUUCCGGCUACAGAGAAAUUGGACUAAGACUCGACGAUUUGAUGAUUGAAGAGACACCACUCAUGCAAAAAGUCAUUUCCAGAUUGCCAGCCGACGAGUCUUACGCCAGAAAUUACAGAAUCAUCACCGCUCACCAGCUCGUCUUGUCCGCUAAAGUCCUUCCUCCAUCCAAGGUUUUGAAGCCAGAGGAGGACAUUCCAUACAUGCUUCCAUACAUUCUGGAGGCUGAAGCUGAGGAGUUCGAAAAGGAAGAGCUCAACAACAUCGCCAAGGCUUGA